UUGGAGACACGGUUUGCAUCCAAGAGAGUACAGGAGUACCCAGCACGACCCCUGCGCUGGCCCAGCAGCCACUCCCCGAAAGGCGCUGCCCGCGCUGACCACCCAGUCGCGUCUCCUAUCGGCUGGGUUGGCAGGGACGCCGGGAGGACAGGGUCUUUCCUGUUGGACUGGAGUACAGCUCCGCCGGUAUACAGCAGGGCAGCCUCCGGGAGCCGCGGAGGCCGAGAACCCGGGAAGGAAGAUGCCUGCAGAUCGCUGCAGCCCGAGGUAAUCACGAUGGAUGACCGGACAGGUCCUCGCCUAAAAACCGAACCGGGCGAGUUGAAAUGCGGACUCCAGAGGUGGCACCGCGAUCAGAACAAGUUUCUUGGGGUUUGAAAUGAAAGUGUCUUGAAAUUGGCACUCGUUUUGAUUAUCAGCCUUUACUGUUCUGUUUUAAAUAAGUUUAUUUAAACAAUAAAAAAAUAGUUUCAUGAGAGACUGUGGGCUUGUAAAUAUAAUCGUAAAAGUUUUGCAUGUUGUGGUUAUUUGCUUAUGCAUAUUUAUUAACGUGUUAACUCUCCCACUAGUCAGAAAAUUGACAUUUAAAAUAUUCUUUGAGGAACAUUACAAGUUCGUUGUUGCGUGCAGACAUUGUGUUAUUUAUCAGCUUAGUUAACAUCUGUCUUCCUGAAGUAGUACCAAAGCCGGGUCCCUUGACGAUGGGUCUUGCAUGUGACACUCUUGCCCUCUAGUGCCUCACCAGCUUGGUAGCAGUUUGAUGGCAAAUAUUAAUAAGAUGUUACAUAACAAGGAUUUUGGGCCAGGAUUGGUAUUGCUGCCACUUGUAAAGCCAAAAAUUCUGAGCCGAUGGUAACAGAUGCUGUUUCGGGUUAUUGUAUGUCUAUUGAAACUUUCUCCAACAUUUUGAACUCUUCGAAUUUUAAUUCCAGACUGUAUUUCCUGUGAGUCAUAAUCAAGCAAUACAAAUGUGCUGCAAUGGUGACAUAAACUAUUGACUGAGACUGGGAAAGUACCUGAAACACCAUCUUUUCUUUUCUUUUUUAAAUGGUGCUUCUGUUGGAAGAGUCAAGGAAAACCUAUACAUCAUGAGUUUUAUCAUGAGGCUUCACAGACACUUUCAAAGGACGGUUAUUUUGCUUGCCACUUUUUGUGUGGCGAGCAUUAUUAUUUCUGCUUACUACCUGUACAGUGGCUACAAACAGGAAAAUGAACUCUCUGAAGUGGCUUCAGAAGUGGACUGCGGUGACCUCCAACACCUACCAUAUAGACUAAUGGAAGUGAAGGCAAUGAAGCUUUUUGAUGCCUCAAGGACAGACUCCAUAGUCCUUGUGUUUGUGGAGAGUCAGUACUCAUCCCUUGGUCAAGACAUCAUUAUGAUUCUAGAAUCAAGUAGAUUCCAAUAUCACAUUGAAAUUGCUACCGGAAAAGGAGAUCUCCCAGCACUUACAGACAAAACUAAAGGCAAAUAUGUUCUCAUUAUUUAUGAGAAUAUUUUAAAAUACAUAAAUAUGGACUCUUGGAAUCGAAGCCUUUUAGAUAAAUACUGUGUAGAGUAUGGUGUAGGUGUCAUUGGAUUCCAUAGAACUAAUGACAAGAGUCUACAGAGCUUUCAGUUAAAAGGCUUCCCCUUUUCUAUAUAUGGAAACCUUGCAGUAAAAGACUGUUGUAUUAAUCCUCAUUCUCCCUUGCUCCGUGUGACCAAAUCAUCAAAGCUUGAAAGGGGUUCUUUACCUGGAACUGACUGGACGGUUUUUCAAAUUAAUCACUCAACCUACCAACCAGUAAUAUUUGCCAAAAUAAAGACCCCAGAAAAUCUUUCUCCUCCAGUCUCUAAAGGUGCUUUUUUUGCCACUAUCAUACACGACUUGGGUGUUCACGAUGGAAUUCAGAGAGUUCUUUUUGGCAACAACUUGAACUUUUGGCUGCACAAGCUCAUUUUCAUAGAUGCCAUCUCCUUCUUGUCAGGGAAGAAGCUGGAACUGUCCUUGGAUAGAUAUAUUCUCGUUGACAUUGAUGAUAUAUUUGUGGGAAAGGAGGGAACCCGAAUGAACACCAAUGAUGUUAAGGCCCUGCUUGAGACUCAGAAUCUUUUGCGGGAACAAAUCAGAAAUUUUACAUUCAACUUGGGAUUUUCAGGAAAAUUUUACCACACAGGAACUGAAGAGGAAGAUGAAGGGGAUGACUGUCUUUUGGGGUCUGUUGAUGAGUUCUGGUGGUUUCCUCAUAUGUGGAGUCAUAUGCAGCCCCAUCUCUUCCAUAAUGAGUCAUCUUUGGUGGAGCAGAUGAUUCUCAACAAAAAAUUUGCCUUGGAGCAUGGCAUUCCUACUGACAUGGGCUAUGCAGUGGCUCCUCAUCAUUCAGGUGUCUACCCUGUACAUGUACAGCUUUAUGAAGCAUGGAAGAAGGUUUGGAAUAUUAAAAUCACCAGCACUGAAGAAUAUCCACAUCUGAAACCAGCUAGAUAUCGGAGGGGCUUCAUCCACAAAAACAUCAUGGUUCUUCCAAGACAGACCUGUGGACUUUUCACUCAUACGAUUUUCUAUAAAGAAUAUCCAGGAGGUCCUAGAGAGCUGGAUAAGAGUAUCCAAGGAGGUGAACUUUUCUUCACUGUGGUACUCAACCCAAUCAGUAUUUUCAUGACUCAUUUGUCUAACUAUGGGAAUGACCGACUGGGAUUAUAUACAUUUGUUAAUCUGGCCAACUUCAUGCAGACCUGGACCAACCUGCGUCUUCAGACUCUGCCACCAGUGCAACUGGCUCAUAAGUAUUUUGAACUCUUUCCUGAUCAGAAAGACCCUCUUUGGCAGAAUCCUUGUGAUGACAAACGCCACAGAGACAUAUGGUCUAAGGAAAAAACCUGUGAUCGCUUACCAAAAUUCUUAGUAAUAGGACCCCAGAAAACUGGUACCACUGCUUUGUUUCUGUUCCUGGUUAUGCAUCCUUCCAUCCUUAGUAACUCCCCCAGCCCAAAAACCUUUGAGGAGGUACAGUUCUUUAAUAGAAAUAACUACCACAGGGGGAUUGAUUGGUAUAUGGAUUUCUUCCCAAUUCCAUCUAAUGUUACUACUGACUUUCUGUUUGAGAAAAGUGCCAAUUAUUUCCACUCAGAAGAAGCUCCUAAAAGAGCUGCUUCCCUAGUCCCCAAAGCCAAGAUCAUCAGCAUUCUCAUUGACCCAUCAGACCGAGCAUACUCCUGGUACCAGCAUCAGCGAUCACAUGAAGACCCUGCAGCUCUGAAGUUUAGCUUCUACGAAGUAAUCUCAGCCGGGCCCCAUGCACCCACGGAGCUUAAAACCUUGCAGAAGAGAUGUUUGGUCCCUGGGUGGUAUGCCAGCCACAUUGAGAGAUGGCUUGUUUAUUUCCCUCCCUUUCAGUUGCUAAUUAUCGAUGGGCAACAACUAAGAACUGAUCCUGCUACAGUAAUGGAUGAAGUACAGAAGUUUCUAGGAGUCUCUCCUCAUUAUAAUUACUCAGAGGCUUUAACGUUUGAUUCUCAUAAAGGUUUCUGGUGUCAGUUGCUGGAAGAAGGUAAAACAAAAUGCCUUGGAAAGAGUAAAGGAAGAAAAUAUCCACCAAUGGAUUCUGAUAGCAGAGCAUUUCUGUCAAGCUACUAUCGGGAUCACAAUGUGGAACUCUCAAAGCUGCUACACAAACUGGGGCAACCUCUCCCAUCUUGGUUGAGACAAGAACUGCAGAAAGUGAGAUAGCAUUGAGAGAAAACUUGCUGAGGAUUCAUCUUUUCCAAAGUUUUCAGAGGCUACCAAAAGAUGAUCAAAAUAUACCUCUUCAAAUAAGAAGAAAGGACAAGGCUCCUUCCAUGUGCUAGCAUGUGGAUUAUUAGAAAAAAAAAAAAAAAGGACAAGAAAAAUAUCUGUUACAACCCUUGAGGCCUAUGCCUACUGCUUAACGCUCAUCCGAGCCUGUGAGAUUGUCAUAGACUACUUACUGUGCACUCAUCUGUAAGUCAGUAGCAGCAAACAUAAAUAACAAACACAAAUGUAAAACUGUCCAUUUCAUAUUAAUAUUUACACUUUGAUAUGUCAACUAAGAUUGUGUCUACAGAUUUUUAGACCACUGUUUGCCUGUAAUUUUUUUUAAUUCUUUGAUUCUAUGAGGCAUCCUUCAAAAUAAGAACCAAAAUAAACCUCACAAUAUAACAUAAAAUUCCAGAAGCAUAACACAUAAAAAAAAAAAAACAAAACGCUUGUCAAAACUUAAAUCCACUGAAGUAUUUAGAAAGAAUUGUAAAUUGUAAUUUGUGCUAGAUCAGAGAGUGGAAAAGCUAUACAUGUGCUUUAUCUGCAUAAAAAAGAGAAGUACUGUAGCAAAAAAAGAAAAGUGAUUUGUCAUAUAUAUAGUCUAGUUCAUUUAUGUAAAAAUUACUAACUCUUCCAUUGUAAGGUAACUAUUAUACUGAAAUAUAUAUUGUAAACUUGUUGGAUGAUACGUAGAAACACACUGAGUACACCAAAAUAGUAAAUGAUCAUGUAAGUGUACUGACUAAAUCCUCUAUAAAGGAGAAAGGAUAGGGGUCUAAAGAUAUAUCAUUGAGAACUCUAUACCCACUUGCCUUGUGCUACAAAUCUAUUCCAGCAGUCCUCUCUAGUUCUACAGAAAUGCAUGCAGAGUCUCUGAGAUAUGUGUCAUCUCUGGUAACAAACCAUCUUUUGAUAUAUAUAUAUAGCUUACCUAUAUGUUUCCCAGAGUAAAACCUACCAAAUUAAAACUAAGGACAGCUUCCCUAGAUGAUACGUUUAGAUUGUUUACACUUAUAUUAUUACAAAGCUACAUUUUUCCUAUAGUCCAAAAUAAAAUUGUAUAAUGUCAGAUUUGUAAUAAAACAGAAAUUAAUAUUUGAUUUAUAAUCUGAUAUUUGAAAUGAUAAUUGUAAUACAAGGCAGAGAAAAAUAAGAAUAAAAUCCCAUUUUUAAAAUUAUUUGACAUAUCACUGUCACAGAAGAUAACAGAACACAGUUAAAUUUAUGGAUAGCUACAAAAUUAAAUGAAGAGAGUACAUAGAUGAGCAUCACAUGACUCUUGAAGUAUAUUUAUACUUACUUAAUGAAGUAUUUUAAAAAAGAAAAGAUUUAAAAUAAAUCAACUUAUUUUCUUGUAUUAAUAUUUACUUAAUUUUUAGAUGUACUUCACAUACACACAAAAUUUAAAUAGUAAAUAAAUUCCCUGCUAUGAUUACAUGUCUUUAUAAAAAAUCCUUAAAGGUAUGAUUAAAAAAAUAUAGGCAAGGAAACUACUAUUUUCAUUGUCACUAUAAUGUGUAAAACUAACUCUGUAUAAUAAUUAGAAAACAAAAUGUUUGAUCCUUAUACUUGCUGUAAUUUUAAAUAUACAUUAUAAUUAUCAAUUAAAUGUUAUUUUGAGAUCUUAUGUACCCCCCAAAUACAUUAAUUUUUAAACAAAGAGCAGAAAGAAUUAGAAGAAAAACAAUUGUAAGACCCUUAGUAAAAAGCAAGAGCAAAAUCAUUUAAACAAACAUGAGAAAUUCAGUCUUUAUGCCUACUGUUGACUCUUUCAAAGGAAUACUUGCCAAACAUACUAAAAAAAUUAUAAUAAUCUUUCAUCUCCAUUAAUUUAAGAAAAUUGACUUAAGAAGGAUGCAAUGAGAGGAGGCUGCAGCAGUUACAUACAAUGUCUUGUUUUUAUUUGUCAACAUUUAUGUUGAUAAAAGAAAAAAGGAAAGUUGAUACAUAUAUGCUUUAAAGUUGAGAUGUACCUUUAAAUUUCUGAAGAAGUUGUGAAUGGUAUCCUCUUGUCAAGGUAAAUUGACUUGACUGAACAAUUCACCCUUUGAAAUAAUUGUUAAAAAUAUACUCAGUGCUUAUAUAAUGAAAGGAGAAAAAGGGAAGAUAUAGCAUCAAGAUUAACUCCAUCACAAAGUAUGGAGUUUGAUGCUAUAUACAGUUGCAAGGGUUUGAAAGGAUUUUUGACCACUCAGCAUGUGUUUUGAAUAUAGUAUCAAUUUCCAGAGGAUGUGCAUAUUUUCCACACUGUAUAUUCCAGUCAGUCAUGCUAUUCUGAAAGUAACAUAAAUACACAUGAGAAAAGACUGAGAGAGAACAUGAUUUAAAAAUUGUUUUGUAUAGAAUUCCCUUUUUCAUUGCUUAAAAUAUGAAACUUCCUCAGGAAGAAAUGAAAUGGUUAUUUCCCUGUUUAUAGCUAUAUUUGUCAUUCACAUUGAAUGAAAAUUACUGAAAACUUUUUUUUUCUCUGUGUUUUCUUUAAAGAAAAAAAAAACUGGAUAUAACUCUGAUAGUGGCAUGGUACCUCAUGUAAAACAAUAAAUUUUAUAAGAAAAUGAAGAUUUGGGGACUAGUGAUCUUAGGCAAGAAGUAGGUACUUGAUAAUUUUGCCUGGGAGGCAGUGGGAAGUGGUAACAGAACAUAGAUGCCACUAACAUAAUCUAAAGUAGAGAUGAAUGAGUGCUUCUGAGUAGGGAAUAAGUAAAAUUUGUAUAUAACUGUUCAAAAUUCUCCUAAAUUUUGGUGUUAUUUCUUGUUUUUUUUUUUUUUUUCUUUUUAGUUCUAUCAGAUAUAAAGCAGCUCCUACACCACUUUUGGGACUCUGGAAUAAAAGAAUGAGAAAAUCACACAGCUGUUUCUUCAGAGACUUGAGAACCCAGGUGGUUGUAGAAUGUCUGACUCCCAAUACUCUUUUCUGCUCUCACAGAUGAACCCCUUUUUAUUUCUUUAGAUCUUUAAAAGGUGUUAGCUAGUCUUUCCUUUAUAAAAUUACAGAAAACAUCAUGUGGAGAUAAGCUAGACUCAGAAAGUCAAAGGUAAUAUGCUUUCUCUCAUCUGUGGAAGCUAAAGAGAGAAAGAGAGUGAAAGAACAGAAAAAUGACAUCAGGAAAAUUGAAAUGAGACAAGUUGAGUAGAGAAAGAUCAAGGGAUGGGAAAAAUGAAAGGAAGGGGAGGUAUUGGGGAAUGAUGAUUGGAAUACAACAACAGUUUUUUUUUUUUUUAAAUAACAAAAUAGCACCAUGCCCAUUUUUAAAAAUCUAGAAAAUAAUCUCUGAACAAAAUAUGUAGAGCUAAAUGUCUACCUUCAUUUUCCACAUUUUUUCUCUAUUUCAACCCCUUUCUCUUCCAGAUAUUAAAUUUCCUCAUGUUGCAACUCACCUUAUCUUCAUGUAGUGAGUUUCUCUCUCUCUCUCUCUCUCUCUCUCUCUCUCUCUCUCUCUCUCUCUCUCUCUCUCUCUCUCUCUCUCUCUCUCUCUCUCUCACACACACACACACACACACACACACGCACA